UUUGAACUUGAACACCCCUUUGUGUCCGUUCUUUGAUCAGGCGCAGUGCGGGAGACUAAGAGAGAGUGCACCGUGUGAGUAUCAAGCAACAGGCCCAGGACUUGAUGUUUGCCGAUUUUCGGUGGAAGACAUGGAUAGAAAAGCACAUUCAACAUCAAACUCAGUUUUCAAUAGGCUCCAACCAACCAGACACCUGGCACCGCUGUCCAUCUACUCAAGGAUGAUCAGUUGUGAACAAAAGGCUGCUCCCCAUCACCAGAGAAGGCUCUCAAACCCAUUCAUAAAUUUUAAAAUCGAAAUAGUAAACAAUUGUGCCAUGAAGAGAAAACAAGAGGAUUCCUGUCCAGAUGAUGGUUAUGAGACUCCGGCAAAAAAGGUCUGUAGUCCAAAGGGUUUGUCCCCUGACCUCGGCUGUUUCGUGGACUUCUGCAGCCCUUCUGCAGGACAGGACUCCAUGUCGUCUUUUGUGAUCUCUACGCCUAAAUUGUUAGACGAGACACUAGAAGCUAUGAGUGAAGUAAAACAAAGUGUGAGCUCUCAGCAUGAGGAAUGUGCGUCCUCAGCAAAGCCAGGGGUUGAUAAGGGGACUGAGCCACACAGUUUGAAGUCUGAGAAGGUUCUCUUAAACGUCGCACCUCCCUUUGACUGUGAUGUUGAUGACAUCUUGUGUCUCAAUCCCUUGGGCCAAAAAAAUAGUAGUGAAGGAUUUUCUGACAAUGUAGAGAGCUGCAAAAGUCCAAGUAGCAGCACAUUUCCAAACAACCCAGGCAAAAGUCCAAGUAGCAGCACAUUUCCAAACAACCCAGUCGCAACUCUCACCGUGGUGCAUGGACAGAAGCUGGAACGAGGAGCUGGAAAAGUGGAGGACAGAGAAGAGGAGCUCAAAAAAGAAACUCAUCAGAAAGCAGAUGACGAUGAUGACAAAGGCUAUUUCUCCAUGUCCUACUCAAAGGACAGUAAAACAGAGCAUUUAGAAGGAGAUGUUGAAGAGGAGUGGAAUAUUGGUCCCCCCAUACUGGAGUCCUCCAUUGGUCAAGUCACAUUAGGUGGAGAGGAAACCACUUUGGACACCAAUUAUGAGACAACAUUACCCCUCCAAGUUCAGAUCACAUCCAGCAGUAAAACAGAUGCACCUCCUCUGCCAGUCCAGACUGCUAAGCCCACCAAGUUGAGCCCAGAUGAGAACAGAGCUGCCAUGUCUGCCAAAACUGUCAGUGCCAGCAGUCAGAGCCCGGUGUUAUUUGACAGUGAGAAGGACUGGGACCGUGAGAAACAGCUGUAUGUUCAUUCAGUCAACAGACAUUUGAAGGAGCAUCAGCGAGCAGAAGAAGAUGUCAUGACUGAGCUGCAGAAUCUGAUGAACCAUGUGGCGGACCAGACACCAGGCACUGGCAGACGGUGGCAGCAUCCUUCUGAUAUUACUCGCAGGAACUAUGUAAGACGCUUUGGGAACCAAAUUCCAAAGGUGACCCUCCAGGAAUGGCAGGCCAAGAACUGUGUGAACAAACGAUUCGCCAAGGUCCCCAAGAUAUUUGAAAGGAGCCACGUCUAAAUUUGUUUAGGACGGUCUUCUAAACACUUGCACUUAAGAGGUCAGCAUGCUGGACUCAGUCUUGUUCACAGAGUAUCUAAUGCUAUACUAGGCAAAAAUGGUACAAAUAUCAAUGUUCUUUCUUAAUAGAAUUUGUAGUAUGUAUUUUUGGUCUGUCAGUUUGUGGUGUUUCUUUUGUUUUCAACUAUGCAUGUCCCCAUACAAGAGAAUUAAUGCAUGUUUUGAUGUUGUGGAAUUAUGCUGAGACCCAAGGGUUUCAAGCAUCUUGAAUGCUGUGCCUUUUUUGCUUUUUACUGCAUUUGAAACACUGACUGUAAUAAUAUAUAUUUAAGUAAGUUUUGUACUUUCACAAUUUGAAAUUGUUGUAAUGAGAACAAAGGUGUUCCCAUAGAAGGACAUAGAAGUAGAACAGACAUUGCCAUUUAGAUCAAUAUAGCCUGAUGGUCAGAACGACAGCCAUUUUUUUAUGUGUACUUUUGCCAUUGCAACCGUUGUAGUGGGGUAACUUUUGUAUAGACAACUGCCUUGGAGCACUUUGCAAACUCACUGAGGUGAGGUUUUGCAGUAAUGACACAACAAGCAGAUGAAUGCUAUGUUUUCCAAUAAGCAAUCCAUCACUUUUAAAUAUUAGCGUGUUUCUCUGUUUCUUUUGUUGGCAUUAAAUGCAUGUUUGCUGAAGCAUGAUGUGAUGUUACUGUAGCUGCCUCUGGAGAACAAGUGAGAGCUGCUGCUCAGUGGACAGCUGAGAAGCAGAGCGAAUAUGCAUGCAGAUAUAUUUUCACAUCUAAGUCAAGUUAAGGGUUUAUUUCAACCAAACCAGAGUUUAUGAUUGUUUGAAUAGUGGACUGACUACGAUGGUUUUGGUAAGUUUAUUUUGUGUCUUUUGAGUUUGAAGUGUUUAUUGAUGUCUUACAGCAGUAAAGCUAACAUUAGUCUUAGUCGGUGAAAGAGAGAAACUUGGAUUGGUGUACGGUUGUAUUUUUCUGUUUAAAUAAGAAAAUUCGGCGUAAGAAGAGGGCUAAAUUGGGUUCUCAAACUGGUGUGACACGCUUUUUGGCCCUGCUGAUGUGUGCUAUCACCAUGACAAUUAACAAGAAAUGAUUUUGUUUUGUACAAGUCAAAUGACCAUGGCUAAUGGCUCUGUAUGUUUUGUGUUCAUUCUAUUUCAUGUGUUCAUUGUAAACUAGAAGUCAUGUGAAUUAAGAGUGACUUUGUGAACAUCUGUUUGUGUGAUGUUCGUAGAGUAGAGAUGAGAGAGUGUGGAUGAGGCGUCUUGAAAAAUAACUAACAAAGCUAUUGAAAAAGUUUAGAAAUGGAGGCCAACAUGAGUGUAUGUGUAUCUUGACUCUGAUCCUACUUUCUAGAUUAUAAAGAACUUUAAUCUGCCAAGGCAGCUGUUAGGAGAACCACCCUGAGUCCAAGCCUCUUAGACAGCCAUGGUAACCACGCCUGACUGACUGUAAGCAUUU